AUGGUGCCGGUGGCAAACGGAUUUGUUCCCUCCAUUCCCGCGGACAGAUCCAACCACAAUCGCAACAUGUGCGUGUUGUUGUCCAUGUCCUUGAAACCAGCGGCCAUUCCCAUGAUGGACUCGGGAAAGGCUCUUGCCAGAAGUGGGGAAUUGCUGGUGGAUUUGACUUCGGCCAUGGACUUGUAUGGAGGGGCUCUCUCGGCAGUGGGAGCCCAAAUUCGCAAUUCGGGAGAUUGUGUGGCCCAAGCCGCUGCCUCGUGUCGUUUCAAGACGGGAGUCGAGUUAGUGUGCGAUGAAUUGCGAGAAGGAGCAACCUGUCUCACCGAAGCGACGGGGAAACUCCGUCAAGCAGUGGAAGAAGCUCAAGUAGAUCAAGACCAAAAUCUAGUGAGAGAACUGACCGCGGCCAUUGUCCAUCUCGAUGGCUGUGCCACCAACCUGGAGGCUGCCGGUGCUGCCAUUCUGCAACGAAAACCCCUUGCCGAAGUGGGUGCCAACUUGGUCAAAACCGGAGAAGGAAUGAAAGCACUGUCCGUCAACCUGGAAGCCUUUUCUCCUGCCAAAAAGGAAGCCAUAGAAUCUGGGCAGAGAAUGGCCUUUGCCGCAGACCGCAUGAUUACGGCCGGUACCGAACUGCAAGGGACGACCGAAAAACCCAAAAAGGGCAAAUCAUGGCUCAAAGGAUAA